AUGAGGGUCCUGGGGGAUAAAUCGCCCCUUAGGAGGGUUCAGGGUUUGGAUUUGGCGCUGGAAUCCGAUGAUGAGUACAUCCCCACCGGGGGCAUCGAAUCAAGUUACCAUUCGGAAGCUCCCCCGGAGUACUCAAAGGCGAGACCACCAAGUCCGAGGAGAACUUCCGAAGACUUUGGUUUCGAGGGCGUCCCAAGCCGAGACCCCGCCAUCCGCCUACUUUUCCAAAGAAUCCAGAAGAUGGAGGAUGACCGAACCCGGUCCCAGGUCCCUGAUUGGGGAAAACUCCGGCUGGGACUGUUUACUGAGCGCAUCAAGAAGUCCAGACCGGACAGGGAGGUGCAGCUGUUGCGCAUACCCUUCUAUACUGGUGUGGAGGACCCUUUGACGCACCUUCACUCCUUCCAAUCGGCAGUUGGGUGCAAGGGCCUCAGCGACGAGGGGCAAUGUCUGCUGUUUCCAUCGUCCCUUACCGAAGCUGCUCUGAACUGGUUCUAUCGUCUCGAACCAGGGACGGUAGACUCCUUUGACGAGCUGAAGCAGAUUUUCCUCAACCACUUCAUGAUCCAGACGGACCGUUUGUACUCUACCGACGAUCUGUACACGAUUCGACAGAGGGAGGACGAACCCUUACGGGAAUACGCAGCGCGCUUCAGUCACGAGUACUCGAGGUGUCCUGAAACGGACGAUAGGGCGGCCUACGGCGCCUUCAAGAGUGACCUUCGGUCCUCUCACUUCUGGUAUCUCGUGCACAGUUGCAAUUGGCGCACGUACGACGAGUUAAUGAAGCAGGCGGCAGUCCAUGGGAAGGCCGAAUACUUCAAUUCCAAACCCGGGCCUUCGGCUCGGAAGGAGGAGUCGGCCACCAAGAGUUAUUCGGGGCGAACCGACGACUCAUCGGCAGGACACAAACGGAAGGACGACCGUGAUAGCCGUCAGGGAAACUCGAAGAAAGGACGCAGGAAGUACGGUCGUAACGACCACCGGGCGCCGCUACCGAAUCACGAUCGCGCCCAGGAAGUCUUCACCCUGCUGAACACAACGUACGAAACCGUUCUGAUGAACGAGCAUGACCAGAUUCCGAAGCCAACCAACCGAAAACCCAAUCGGCAGGAUAAUCGGGACACAGCCACAACACCGAGGACUGCAUCAAUCUGA